CAACUGCAGCUCACAGCCCUGAAGCCAGAGCUCGGCAGUACCCGCAUGGGACCCUUACAACCAACUCGGCCGCAGCACAGGACUAGGUAUUUGGAGCAACUGUGACCGGCGGACCUGGGGGAAACCCCCCUUAGGAGAACCAGGCACUUUGGGGCCCCUGUUCCCAUGCAGCAUGACGGACGUGAGGAUUUUCUGCUGCCCAAGCUGCGACAUGGGCUUCCGCUCCAAGCAUCUGCUGGACAAGCAUGUGGAGAAGUUCUGCAUUGGGAGUCAGGCAGCAGGUGACUCCUUUUCUCUCCAUGCCAGACACCAGGAGCAGCAUGGCCUGCAGGGGAGGAAGAUGCCCAGGAACACAGAGACUCCAGACCACACGCGGCGGCAGCUGAGCAGCCCGCAAGUGAGGAAAGUCCGUCUGGGGCAGCAGCCGCAGGACUUCCUGAGCCACCGUGAGAGGAACCUGCUCGGAGGCUAUGAGCUUAAACGGAGCCCCUCGGAGAGCCAGGCCUUGAGGAAGUUGGCUGAGGAGUUCCACAAACUGAGGAUGUCUCUGGAGGACACUGUCCCUACUCUCCAGCCCUUAAAGCCAGAGGAGGAUGCCAGCCGUCGGAUUUCCCACCAGCAGGGGUACAGGGAGCGGCUGCAGGAGAUAGCGAAGGCGCACGAGCACCAGGUGGCUGAUAUCCAGGCCAGGAACCAGCAUCUGGAGCAGCAGGGAGAGGAAAUCCGCAGGCGCCUGUCGGAGCUGGCCGUCAGCAACUCUUCCACCACGUACAUCGAGCAGCUGCUGCUGGAGCUGAAGGCCCAGGAGGGGAAGAACCAGCUGGCGCUGGAUGCUCUGAGAGACCAGAUUGGGCUCAUGCAGGCUGCAGCCUGGAGAAGCAGGCUGGAGCCAGACAGCCGUACCAACGCAGCCGAGGCCGCGGGGAAGGCGGGCGGGAAGGUCUCCAUCAGUCUCAUCCCGUUCCCUCCGGCUGCUGGGCCCCUCUCCUCGGAAAUAAGAGCCCUGCACCUGGCCUACCUGCAGGGCGGAGGGAGCAACCCUGCCGUUCUGGCACAGAUGUACGACCUGCAGGUGGAGGCCACGGCACUGGAGAGGGCGGCUGGGAGGCAGGAACACAAGGAGCGGAAGAAAAAACACCGGGGCCUGGACGCAGAGCUGCUGGCUGUGGAGCUGGAGAAUCAGCGGCUGGAGGACGAGCUCUUUAAGCUGAAGAUGCAGAGGGACAAGAGGAGGGCAGAUGACGGCGCUCUGGACAAAGAGCUGAUGGAGCAGGAGCGGGCGCACACCAUGGAGACGGCUCAGCUGCACGCCGAGAUCGGGAUGCUGAGACAUGGCGCAGAGAGGAUGCAGCCCCGACGGGCUGGGAGGAGGUCGCCACCCAUGCUCCCGCCGCCAGUGGCCCCGCCCCGGCCACCUCCCCCGCCCCUGCCUCUGCCAGGCCUGCGUGAGCUCCCCUUCGUGGAGCGAAUGGGGCCUCAGACCCAUCUCAGCAGACACUUGCUGGACCCUCCGGACGCCCUGGGACCUGCUCCGUAUGACCCAGCGGCCGGCUUUGUGAUAUUCUACGACUUCCUGCUGGGCUUGGACCCUACCUUCUUCCAGGUUUGCCUAGUGGCCGGGCUUUACCGUAACGGGCAGGAGAUGGGCAAGCCAACCCCUCUCCCUGUGGCUUACUGCCAAAUGGUCCAGUUCCCACCGUAUGUAGUAGACGGGCAGAGAGGCAACCGUGCAAUCCUAUCAACUAAACAGCCGGUCCCAAGAGUCCGGCCCUCAACCUCCAUCGCUCUGGUGAUGGAGCUGCAGGCCUCAGGGGGCUUCGACGCCUACGGGCAGGAGAUCCAGCGCCUGGCCUCCCGGGGAUGGGCCAAAAUCAACCUUUUUGACCAGCUCCACCAGCUGAUCAGCGGGCAAUGGAAGAUUCCGGUCCGGUUGCUUCCGGUGCAGCCGGGCCUCACAACAGAGCAGCUGAACGGGAUCCCUCAGGCUGGCAAGACGGAGCUUUACCUUCGGGUGGUGAAUGCGAGAGACGCCGACGUGCAGUCGAUGGCCGAGAUCGAUCCUGGCAACGCCUCCAUGUACCAGUACCCUCCCACGGUGUCCCGUCACACAGCACCCCCUGCAGGCAGCCUUCCAACCCAACGCCCUUUCCACCCUGUCCCCACCAGCCUGUACCUUUCUGCUCCUCCUUACACUGGCUUUGUUGACCCGCCUCCUAUUCAGGAGCCACCCGUCCAGCACAAAACUAGUCAAAGGCAUGGUGGAGCAGCCCUUCGGGGCGGGAAGUUGACGGAGGCCCAGGAACGCAGGACACAGCCCCAGCGGGGAGAGCCCAGGAAUGAUGACGCGGGGAAGAGGUUGGGGUUCAUCAUAGACCGGGUGAAAGGCGCCCCACUGGGAGACGGGCUCCUCAGGCUGACCGGCUAUCACCAGAAAACAGGACAGGUGAUCAGCACCAGGAACUCCGGGAUGACCUGCUACACGACCCCUGUGAGAUCCAACAUUAAACUCGGCUACUUCAUAUUCGGGGAGCAGGAGGUGACUUUCCUGGACCUGCUGCCGAAGGAGGACAUGAUCCUGAUUGUCCGCUUUUACCACUGGCCCAGUGGAGGGGCGGCCACCACCCCGUGGGACCAGGGUUCAGGCGGGCAGCAGCGGCCGCUGGGAACUGACGCGUGGUUGGCAGCCUGGGGUGUCCUCAGACUGACCAAGCCUGUUGGCUCCGAUGUGGCGAGGAAAGGGGGCCUAGGAGCAGUGACCUGGAACACGGGGCCCCAUGAUUUGACCCUGUACCAUGGGCCUGUGCCUCCUGCCCAUGCGCUGUCAGUCCUGCCUGAGGAGCGGCAGCCCCAGGGCUUCCCGCCGUACGGCAGUGCCAGGGGGAGGCUGCACGUGUUCAGCGACAAGAAACCGGACCAGCCUUUCCCACCCGAGUCGCCAGUCACUCUCAGCCAGCCGUGGGACUGGCCCUGGGCGGCGUUCAUCCAUCACACCAGGGAGACACCCACCUCGGAGCCCUUCAUCGCCACGGACGGCUUCGACCUGUACAUCGACGGGGCCCGGUUCCUGCCCGAUGCCGUCACCAUCACUAGGGUCACUGGCCGGAUCUUUGACAGCAGCUACAACCAAAUCGGGCCAGACAUUUCCACGGGCCUUGAUUUGAGCAGCCAUAUCUUCGAGCCACUCUACAACUAUAGCGUGCAGAUCCGGGAUCCAGCAGUGCCGCCCUCCGCUGCACUCUUGCUAAAGCUCUACUCUCUGGAUCGGUUCAGUUUCAAGCUUGUCCUGAUUGGCUGGGCAGCUCUCAAUCUCUUUGUGGAAUCUGGGACGCACAGAGCCCCUGGGGCAGAUUCCCAGGGGAUCCAGGUCUCUCUGAACGAGGGUGCCCACCAGCUUCGCGUGUACCACACAGGCCCUGCCACGGACCAGCCGUUCUCUGUCGGCGCUCUCACCUCCGCAGGACGGUACGUCCCGUGCGCCAGCCUGCUCGUCAGGCUGCUCAGAGCUCCCGUGGACUCCAGCCACCAAACCCUGCAGAGAAGCCUGAUUCCCCAACUCGGCCUCUUCCAGCCCAGGCCUGACUAUUCAGCCGGGGUCUAUGACUCAGACUCGGUCGUGCCCACCACCGGAGAGAGGUGCCUGUACAGCGCCAUGGGAAACAGGUCUGCUGUGCUGGUUCGGGAGAUUGCCCCUCAGCUUGCUAGAAACGAAGGCCUGGAGCUGAAUACAAAUGAGGAGAUCUCUACUUGGAUCAAAGAGACACUGACCAGGACGAUGGACAGCAGCCCUCAGCCUUUCAACCUUACCUAUGUCUCUCGAUACCUCCCUACAUACGGUAUCAAGUUUGCAGUGGAUGGUGCCAAGAAUCUACCCUGGUCUGGUUUGACAGUGGCUCAUUUCUGCUUCAAUCCCCCUGGGGCCUUUUAUUUUGGGAAACCCUGGCUAAAAUACGAUCGUCCUGUCUUUGUGGAGGAGCUUGACCUUGACAGCUACCAGCAGUGGCCUGUGUGGCUGGAUGGAUUCAAGUCCUUUCCCCAGAGGAUUUACAAUGAGUAUCUAACGGUGAUUAUCCACCUGCACGAAGUCCUGGUGAACCCUGAGCCAGACACUCCGCGCAAAAAGGCAGCCCCCAGACCAGUGCAGAGAGGAAUCAUGAGGAAAGAGGGCGAAAGGCUGCGCUAUGCAUUGGGGAGUGAAGCAUGGGCUGCUCUCCAAGUGUUCUCUAGUGGCUACUGCAACACUGAUGUUUAUCAGCUGCCUCUGUACCAGGGGGCUCCCAGCCAGAACAUUGUGACCGCCUUAUCCCAGGGGCCGUGCGCCAGCGUUACACAGGGGCUGGCAAACAGGAAAGUGAUUCAGUUGGUAAGAGGGGCAUCUGUGGUUGUCCGUAUAGCAGAUGGUAGGCGGGAUGAAGAACUUAGCCUGCCCCACAAACAGGGUAUCAAUCAGUCCUACCUCCCCAUGGAAGGCAUAGAGUUCUACAAGAAGGAGCCUGGUGGUGCUAAAGUUACAGAUCUAAUGCCACAGACGGCAGAAACCCAGCAAGAGGCCCAGCUGUUAAUUCUAGAUCAAAUCUAAUGCUCCAAGAAGAAGAUAGUUGACUUUCUAAAAUCAGCCAAGCAAGACACCUGUGACAUGCCGUUUACUUCAUUACAGUCUCCAAGUAGCUGGGUAAAGGUCCUUGGGACAUUUUGUUCAGUUGACAAAGAUCUACAAUACUAUAGAGAUGAGAAAUUGUUCAUCUGUACUGUUGUGCUUAGUACCAGGAACAGGACUCACCCUUACUGAGGCAAAAUCUGAAACAUUUGCUUACAAUCUUUAU